AUGUCGUGUCCCAACAGUCUCUCCAACAAGGUGUCCCAACAGUCUCCUCAACAACGUGCCCCAAACAGUCUCCCCAACAAGGUGUCCCAACAGUCUCCCCCACUAGGUGCCCCAACAGUCUCCCCAACAAGGUGUCUCAACAGUCUCCUCAGCAAGGUGCCCCAACAGUCUCCUCAACAAGGUGCCCCAACAAUCUCCCCCACUAGGUGUCCCUACAGUCUCCUCAACAAGGUGCCCCAACAGUCUCCCCAUCAAGGUGUCCCAACAGUCUCCCCCACUAGGUGUCCCAACAGUCUCCCCAUCAAGGUGUCCCAACAGUCUCCCCCACUAGGUGACCCUACAGUCUCCUCAACAAGGUGCCCCAACAGUCUCCCCAUCAAGGUGUCCCAACAGUCUCCCCCACUAGGUGUCCCUACAGUCACCCCAUCAAGGUGUCCCUACAGUCUCCCCAUCAAGGUGUCCCAACAGUCUCCCCCACUAGGUGUCCCUACAGUCUCCCAACUAUGUGCCCCAACAGUCUCCCAACUAGGUGCCCCAAUUAUUCAUCUUAAAAAAGUUGUCGACUUAAAACGACUUAAGGUGUCCCAACAGUCUCCCCCACUAGGUGUCCCUACAGUCUCCCCAACAAGGUGCCCCAACAGUCUCCUCGACAAGGUGCCCCAACAGUCUCCCCAUCAAGGUGUCCCAACAGUCUCCCCCACUAGGUGUCCCUACAGUCUCCUCAACAAGGUGCCCCAACAGUCUCCCCAUCAAGGUGUCCCAACAGUCUCCCCCACUAGGUGUCCCUACAGUCUCCCCAACAAAGUGUCCCAACAGUCUCACCAACUAGGUGUCCCUACAGUCACCCCAUCAAGGUGUCCCAACAGUCUCCCAACUAGGUGCCCCAACAGUCUCCCAACUAGGUGCCCCAACAGUCUCCUGAACAAGGUGCCCAAACAGUCUCCUCAGCAAGGCGCCCAAACAGUAUCCUCAACAAGGUGUCCCAACAGUCUCUUCAACAAGGUGUCCCAACAGUCUCCUCGACAAAGUGUCCCAACAGUCUCCCCCACUAGGUGCCCCAACAGUCUCCUCAGCAAGGCGCCCCAACAGUCUCCUCAACAAGGUGCCCCAACAGUCUCCUCAACAACGUGCCCCAACAGUCUCCUCGACAAGUUGUCCAAACAGUCUCCCCAACUAGGUGUCCCAACAGUCUCCCCAACAAGGUGUCCCAACAGUCUCCCCAACUGUGUCCAACAGUCUCCCCAACAAGGUGUCCCAACAGUCUCUUAA